AUGGCAGACUACGACCUCAUCCGCCGAUGGCCAAUUCCCGGCUACAAUAUCUCUCAGCCCUACGAAGAUGCCGACUCAAUCGAUGGCUGGGCUGUCUCUCUUACCGUUCGCGCCAAGAUCCCCGCAAAAGACGUCGUCACAGGUGAUGACAUUGACGCUGUCUUUGCUGCCUCCAUGAUCCGCCUCGAGCCUCCAUCUGCUCUUGUCGACGACGUGAUUGAGCGACAAGGCUUCUACACGCCGCACCCGUCGUGGCGUGUCAGUCUUGGAUACUACUUUCUCAACCGCAAUAGCCGUUUCAGCGGGUAUGAGCUCGAAAUACUGAUGUAUGGAAAUGGCUCAUGCGAGGCCACGUUCAAUGACACGUGGCUCGACGCUUUGGAGAAUAGCCCAACAUGGAACGGCAGAGAGUGUGAAAUUGGGAACCCUCGUGACCCUCCAGAAUGCAAGCUCACCGUCGAUAUGACGUCAAUUCGGGCUGCAGAGAACUACACCCGGUGGAGUGAUGAAAUCGGCGAGGACAAGGCCGUAAACAUCACCUGGCUGAGAGGCACUGAAUUUGUCUCCUUCGUCUCCCCGCUCAAUACUCCCGGCCAGUAUGGGCUUGGCGUCAGAGAUGCCAGUUACAGUGCUGAUAUGGUGCUCGUCACCUGGGGGUAUGCCAAGAAUAGGAGUUCUGAGUCCUAUUACGAAACUGAGGAGGCUAGCCAGCCUGUCUUAGAGUUGGUCUGUAUGAGGGGUCUAAACAACACCCCGCAGGAGAACAAGCGCAUUGGAGAUGAGCGUAACGAGGGUAAAGAGGGGGAAAAAGAAGAAGGCGAAGAUGAUAGUGCCGCAGUCGGUGGAAGAGAGGCCAUGUUGCCAACGUUGGUUCUGUUUUUGCCCCUGGCAACCCUCUUUGCGCUGCUGUAG